UUUCAUCAUCAACUCCCAAUCGACCGAUUUUGCAGCCCAGAUAGUAGUGUGUAACUCUUCUUCACCUUGUGGUCGUCUCAAUUACCUCCAUGUCUGUAACUCUUCUUCCUCUUGUGGUGAUCUUCACAACAUCCACUACCCUUUUUACUUGAAAAAUGAUCCCAACAACAACAACUGUACUAAACUCUCUGACUACCAACUCGAUUGCGUAGAUAAUCAAACUGUCUUGAAUCUCCUGAAUUGGAGAUUCAAUAGCUAUCAUAUGUGGUAUCAAAACUACACAAGAAAAUACUUUGUGGAUGAAAUCUUGUACGAUGAGAAGCUUAUCCGAAUUGUUGAUCCUGGUUUACAUAGAGGGAUUUGCUCUUCUCUGCCUCACUUUCCUUCCUUGUACGAAGAAAUUACCGGGUACGAGUUGAGAUCAUCAGAUGCGAAUGGCAUCGCAUUCGUGGGUUGUUCUUCACAAGUCAAAAAUGACACAGAUUACAUAUCUACCUCUCCUUGCAUCAAUGGAAGUUCCUCACUUCCAUUUUCAUAUGUUCUUGUUGGCAUGCCAGUCUCUGCCCUCCACCAGCACUGCAAUGUUGUACAUAGUUUUCCUAUGCCAGCAAAGAGAAUUCUGAACCACACAUACCCAGAAAUUCACCAGGCUUUCCUGUCCGGUUGUUACCUUGGUUGGUAUGAUCCUUCUGAAUUCGCGAUACUACGUUGUCGCAACCCAUUUCAAUGUUUCUUAUAUCUCCUUGAAUAUGUUUUAUAUAACAUACUUGGUGAGACGUACAGAGUUACAAUUUUUUUCAAUGUGAUGAAGAUAGCAGCGUGCGUCAUGAUAGGAAGGACAUCGAUUGGGAUAUUGUGCUUGUUUGCAUUUUUUAUCUAUAAAUUACACAGGAAACAUCUAUCAAUGGAUGGGAGAAUUGAAGAGUUCUUAACAAACUAUAGGAAUCGCACACCAAUGAGGUAUUCAUAUUGGGAAAUUCAGAAGAUGACCAGGCGUUUCAAAGAAAAAUUAGGACAAGGAGGCUUUGCCUCUGUAUACAAAGGGGUGCUUCCAAAUGGCCAUUCAGUUGCAGUAAAGAUAUUGAACAAGACUAAAGGGAAAGGGCAAGACUUCAUCAAUGAAGUUGGAACUAUUGGAAGCAUUCAUCACAUUAAUAUUGUGCAAUUAAUUGGAUUCUGUGCAGCAGGAUCAAAGAGGGCUCUUCUAUAUGAAUUCAUGCCUAAUGGAUCUCUGGAUAAAUAUAUAUUUGCUCAAGAUUCUAAAAGCAUCAAUCUAAGUUGGGACAAGUUGUAUGAGAUUGCCAUAGGAAUUGCUCGUGGGAUUGAAUAUCUACAUCGAGGUUGUGAUAUGCAGAUUUUACAUUUUGAUAUCAAGCCCCACAACAUUCUUCUUGAUGAGAACUUUAAUCCAAAAGUUUCAGACUUUGGGCUUGCAAAAUUAUAUCCAACCGAUGAUAGCAUUGUAUCUGUGACUGCUGUACGAGGAACAGUAGGGUACAUGGCUCCUGAACUAUUUUACAGAAAAUUUGGAGGAGUUUCAUAUAAAUCUGAUGUUUAUAGUUUUGGAAUGUUAUUGAUGGAAAUUGCUGGAAGAAGGAAAAAUGUUAAUCCGCUUGUCAAUAAUUCAAGCCAAAUCUACUUCCCAACAUGGAUAUAUGAUCGGUUGGAUGAAGGUGAAGACUUGGAUUUGGGGACUGAAACAGAGGACGAAAAGGGUAUGGUGAAGAAAUUGGUUAUAGUUGCACUAUGGUGUAUACAAAUGAGGCCUAAUGAUCGUCCUUCAAUGAGCAAAGUUAUAGAAAUGCUAGAGGGCAGUGUAGAACUUCUGCAAAUGCCACCCAAGCCCUGCUUAACAUCUCCACCUCGGGAUCUCGAUGAAGCUCAUGAAUCUAUCUCAGAUUCCACUACACAUUCAGAAAUUGUUCCUGAAUCAACAUCCUCCUUCACGGACUCCAUUAUCUCAAUUGUGAAUGUAUAACAAUUUAUUGCAUGACAAAUAUAUAUAUUUUUUUCA